UCAUUAUUGUUAUUGUUGUUAUUCAUAAUUAUAAUAAUAAUAACAAUUUACAUUACAAAGUUAAUAAAAAUAUAUUUCCACACAAAACCACCCAGAGAAAAAGCUAGAAAAGGCAGGGAAGGAAAAGGGAGUUGGUUUCUUUCCCUUCCUUUUUACCCCCUUCUCUUCUUUUCUUGCAGCCUCUGCUAAGCAUAUUUUUCUCACUUUUAUGCUCUUUGCUCUCUCAGUCCCAUUUCUUUACCUUCUUGAUUGAAAUUUUUCUUGGGUUUUCUUGUUAUUCUGUUUCACUCUCUCCUAUUUCCUUCACUUCUUCAGCUUAGAAUCCAUUACUCAAAUGCUGGAUUCUUGAUGGGUUUUACCUAUCUGACAGUAUUUGUUUGAUCAGAAAGUUGAAUUGCUUUCUUCUCUUGAACUUUCAUACUAUUUUACUCGUUGGGUUUCUUCUUUUCCUUUACAAUUUUCUUUGAAUUCAUAUCCUUGGCCAAUUCUCUGUUAAUCUUUUCUGGUUUUUGUUGAUCAAUUUGGAUUUCCCUUUUCUCUUCGUUUUAUGGGUUUCAGUUAGAUUCUUGGAAUUCAUCACUUUGAUCCAAGUUUCAGUUCUUGUUUAAUAAUCAUUUCUCUGUUUGAGCUUUGAAUCCCCUGAAUUUUUAGUCCUUUACCGCUUUCAAUGGUUUAACCAUCUGAGCUUUUGUAAUUGUUUCUUGACACACUUUUUCUUUUUCUUACUUGGGUUUCUGUGAUUCCGAUUCUUAGUUGUGUUUCUGAUUCCAUGGGACUUUGUCAUGGAAAACCCACUGAGAACUCACAAAACCAAUCUGAAAACACAAUAAUUCCCAGAGAAAAUGAGCCGGGUUUGAAUUCCAAAACUGGGAAAUCAUCAAAAUUCCCAUUUUACAGCCCAAGUCCCUUGGCCAGUGUGUUCAAGAACUCACCUGCCUAUUCCGGUGUCAGUUCUACCCCUCUGCGCAUCUUUAAGCGCCCAUUUCCUCCACCUUCACCGGCAAAGCAUAUUCGGGCAUUGCUUGCUCGUAGGCAUGGUUCAGUCAAGCCUAAUGAGGCCUCAAUACCAGAAGGAAGGGAGGUUGAGAUGGGUUUGGACAAGAAUUUUGGGUAUUCUAAGCAAUUCAUGACCCAUUAUGAACUAGGGGAAGAGGUGGGGCGUGGGCAUUUUGGGUAUACUUGUUCGGCGAAGGGAAAGAAAGGGAACUUAAAGGGACAGGAUGUGGCAGUCAAGGUUAUUCCGAAAUCGAAG